UUUCUAUUCUGUGUCAACAUGGCGUCAUAAUAUUAAGAUCAUGUCACGCUGUUUGCGUCGUCUUGAAAUUUUCAAUUUUUAUGAAUAAUUACUAGGUACCUCUGAUAUACAGCAAUUUUGAAAUGGGUUAAAUCUACAUAAAAUGAGUGACACACUCGCUGAAACAUGGAAGAAACUAGUCAGUACUUGUUGCACCAGUUGAAAAUCACCGUUGAAGGUCUGCUGAUCACGCAGCCCACUAAUGUGUGGCAUGUCUACGGCGGUCUCAACAGGCUUCAUAGCAUUUUCGAAAAGAUCUUCAAACAUGGAUGCAGAGUUUUCAAUCAAGAGGGCGAACCUGACUGUUGGAUAUUUAUACAAGGUUUGAGUUGGCUGCAGCCUUCACUAGCCGCAUCGCCCACUUUCAUUGGCAACGUCGAGAACGGACCUCACCCUCAUUCGCCGCCUGGAGCCAGACCAAACAAGGCCAAGUUGUGGCUUUUUAAAAGCCUUGAGUCACAUACGCUGUCGCAGAAGCUCUCUUGGCUGCUGACUGACAGAGAACAUCUUCUCUCUUGCUUUAAGCCUACCGCUUUUCUGUGCCAGGAGAAGUAUAGUGAAGCCACUUUGAUUUGCCUCCAGGCAGUCGAACAAAACCAACUAUCGUUUCUCAGUGACAUUGAUCCAAGUCUGUACUUGCUCAAAUGGAAUGUAGUUAAGUCUCAUCGCCGAUGUGCCUCUUUCCCCGAAGGAAUCAAAAUGACUGUCGAUGGAACAAGUAGCUUGAAAAAGGAAGGCACUGAACUUAUGAGCAUCAGUCCCACGCUUCCUAAUCCGAAAAUCGAUACAGUUGAAUCGUCAUUGAGUCGUGAUGCUAUCAGCAACUCUCCCAACUUUAGUCACACCGCACAAACUACCGAGAAACUCAGUCCAAGUCCAAGCUCCUCUGAAAAUAAGUCCAUAUCGAAUCUCAUGCGCCUUAAGCCAUGGCACAGUUCUCCUUGCCUCUCUGAUACUCUCCGUCCUACCAAUAGCAAUCAAGACUCAUCGGAAAAGCACAAAUAUUUGAACGUCCCUGAAUCAAAAACCGAGCCUUCAUCUCCAGCCAUCAGCGCUUAUAGUAGAUUAGAGAAGAAAUCUCCGUAUGUUUCCCCCACCAACUUGUUGAAAAGUAUAAGUGUCCUUAGAAUUGACUACAAGGAAUUGCAGAAAAAUGAACCACUAACCAAUGAAAGUUCGAGAACUGGUUUGAAAUUGAAGUCCAAGUCGAGCAAAACUAAAUCUUUGAUGACUGAUUGUAUAGUAAUGCACGAUGUACCGAAAAGUGAAUCGUUGCUGAUCAAAAGUGAUAACUCAAUUAGCGAUACACCUCUAGUCAACUCAACUAGUUGCAGUAGUUCCAGUUUAACUUGCAAUGAGUCUUUUAUGGCGAGUGAGAGUAAGAACGCACGACUUAUUCCAUCAGCGCGUAGGAGAAGGAAAGAAAGCCCGAAAUUGUUGAGUGUGCCUCACAGCAUCUGGGAGGAGACGGAUGAGGUGAUGGCGGAGGCGAAAGCCAAGAGCAGCGGCGGCGGCAGACUGAAGCGAGUGAGCUCCUCGCCGCUGGUGCGAUCGCUGCCUGCACUCGCACUCGAAAAGCAGCACUGGAAUGUGGCACGCAAGAAGAGCUUCAUAGAAGAUGGCGGCAGCAGCAUCCAGCCCAUGUCCACCAAGUUCUUCCCGCGACCCACGCAAGGCCAGAGCCUCGCCAGCUUCCUCUCCUCCUCUCAGUUCACCAGAGCCAAUGCUGAACUCGACCGCGAGAAUGCUCACUUCAGCAUCUCUGAAGCGAUCAUCUCAGCCAUAGAGCAGGUGAAGUGUAAUCAGCUACUUGGUCUGGUAGAAGAGAAUGCUUAUGAAAGUGACGAGGAGAUAAACAGUUUGAAGCAGCGAAUUCGCCUAAGAAGACGACAAAAGCAGGAAGAACGGAGGCGCACACUUAUUGGAAUCACAUUGCUCAGUGACGGAAAAACUGAUACUACCACAACAACUGAUCAGAGCGCUAGUCCGUUGUCUUCUUCACUUGGCGAUAGUUCGGAUUCUCUAUCGACGGAUGACGUCGAUGAUUUAGAGCUGGACCAGGUCACUUCCAGCAAUCUUGACGAUCUAUCCAAAUCAGGUCUGUCAAUGUCAAUGGCGUCGCUCUACUCAGAGGCGGAGAUAUCGCGUUGUUCAGGUGGGGCUGGGGCUGGGGCCGAGAAUGUGGUGUCGGCGGAAGCGGUGGCUCUGUCGCUGCUCAGCCAGUUCAGUGACAAGCAGUUGCCCAGAGCAUCCGAUAUCGAAUGGCUGGUGUCUGAAAAGGACGCCCCACAACAGCUGCUGCCGCUGCCGAGAAGCUGGCCAGUGAGUCCAGACGAGGCGGAGGACCAGGACAUGCGACAGGCCACGCUGCUAAGGGGCACCACAGACUGGGCGCCCCCCCGGCCUCAGGUCAUCUUCACCCUCCAUCCUUCGCCCGUGAGGAGGGUUUUGAUGACAAAGCAAAAUUACAGAUGCGCCGGCUGUGGAAUGAAGGUGGUGCCUGAUUAUGCGCACAAAUACCGCUAUUGUGAAUACCUCGGCCGCUUCUUUUGCACUGGAUGCCACAUGAAUCAGCAGGCCAUAAUCCCUGGUCGAGUGCUUUCCAAAUGGGACUUUGCCAAAUACCCUGUAUCAAGUUUCUCCUAUCGACUCUUGGAUCAGAUGUUCAGUGACCCCUUAUUCAACAUAGAGGAUCAUAGUCCGAAUCUUUAUAGACGUGUACGUUGUUUGGAAAAAAUACGUACUUUACGACUCCAGCUGUUCUAUUUGAAAGAUUUCCUUCUAACUUGUCGAUUCGCUCACGAUUUGGCGAAAUCACUGGAAAGUGAACCUCCCUACAUUUUGAUGGAGCCUGAUGUCUAUUCUCUGCAGGAUCUCAUUUCAUCCAAAUCAGGUGAACUGGGAGAAAGACUGAAAGAACUCGUCAGCAAUGCUACUGCUCAUGUUAAAAGUUGCCAGUUAUGCCAAGUUCGAGGCUUCGUUUGCGAGGUAUGCAGAUCUCAAGAAGUUAUUUAUCCGUGGGAGCUGGAGAGAGUUGUGAGGUGCAUGAAAUGUGGCAGCUGUUUCCACAGCAACUGCUAUUCGCCGAAACUGGACUGUCCGCGUUGUUUGAGGAUCCUGCAGCGUGCAGCGAGCAGCGUGCAGCGACAGCAACAGCAACACACCAAGUAACUCAUUAAUCGUGAUAUAGGUAGGUCAGUCAUUAAUAGGUAGUAAGUUGUUAUUAAUGGCAUUGCAAAGCGAUGUUUUCAAUCAGACAAAUCACGCACUAUUCAGACAUUUAUUUUGUAACUGAAACUGCACUUGAAAAAUCUCUAUUCUAUUAGUAGACAUUAUAAAAUACUAUCUCACUUUGAAGAACUAUUGUUAGCUCGAAUGAACUCAAUAACUCAGUUCAUUAUUGAAUUUUAUUUUUAUAAUAAUAAACUAGUGAGUUUAGAGUAAUAGGUUAAUACAUAAUUUAUUAGAAAUAUGUGCGGGCCAAAAUAGUUGAAUUGUAAACUGUAUAUGUAUAGGGAUAUGGAAUUAUGUUACCCUUAUAGAAUCUCAUCAUCUCAAUUUGAGAAUAAUGAUAAAAUGUUAUCAUUUAUUGGACCUCUAUCUAAAUAACCUUUAUAGGCAUAGGCCUACUAAUUAUGUUUACUAACUGUGAUAAUCAAUUAUAUAAAAAAUGUUGUGUAUCAGCUAUUGAUAAUCUAGAAUAUCGAAAAAAUAAAAUCAACUCAAUGUAAACUUGAGGGCUGUAGGCUAGCAAUGAUUGCUAGGAACGAUAUAAAACAAGUAAGGUUUGGUUGUUGAACAUCUAGAAUAGUUUUGAUUGUUUCAUGUUAUUGAUUACUAGAUAACCAAAGCUUACUCUUAUCAAAGCUUGCUUCUUAAGAAUUGUUUAUAAAUGAGUAACCCUUUGAGUAAAUGAGUAAUGCCAAUUUUGUUGAAAUUCUUGUUCACUCAACAUUUGUACAAGUCUCGAACUCAUUAGCCAUUGUAACCAUUAGCAAAGGUCAAGUGGUACCGUAUACCAAAAGGGUGUGUAAUUACAUAAAACUCCUGCUUCAUCUUUCAUUUCCGAGAUACAGUAUUGUUUGAACAGAAAUACUUCCCCUUAAUAGCAUGUUAUUAUUCCAGUCUCUGUGGAUUGGCCUCCAAGAUCUUGUGAUUUAACACCGCUAGACCACUUUCUGUGGGGCUAUGCUUUUUGAGUCAUUGGUUUAUGCGGAUAAGCCACAAAGGUUAUUGCCGAUACAAGGACUCAAAUGUUGGAAAAAGUAAUAGGAAAUUGGACGCCUUGGUUGUACUACAUCGAGGUGGUCAUAUGUCACAAAUCAUACUCAAAAUAUAAUGAUUCAUGAUUAUCUUUAGUUAAAAAAAAAAAUUAUGUCAUUCGAAUAAUCCAUUGUUGUUCUAUUGCACUUUGAUAAAGUUGUUCUAUACCUCUAAAAAACAAUCGUUAUAUUAAAUUUAUUGAUAAGUAGUUGUUACUGCUAAGCAAUUGCUCUUAACACAUUAGUAUUAAGCAUUUCCUCUUAUUAUAGGAAAAAGAAAGGUGAUACUCUGUAGCCGCUCAAACUAUUUUAGGGAGCUUUUGAAACAAACCCCCUGCCAACAGCCCAUAGUUUCCAUGGAAAAUUCGAGGUUUUGGGAGGUACAGACCCUUGUAGACUUCAUGUACAAGGGUGAAGUCAAUCUGCCCGAGGAUCGCUUCCCUGCUCUCCUUGAUGCUGCCGAGGCCUUCCAAAUCAAGGGAAAUAUGACCGUUUACAUCUAGAGCAUCCUGUUUAUCCUUUAUUUUUUCACCUUGAGCUUGACGACUUCGCCAAUAAUAUGUUCUUCAUAAAAAUCUUUUCCCAACUUCUUCUUUUAAUAAGCAUAACAUAAAUCGCACCUGCCUUUUCAUGGUAUGAAAACUUUUAUAUUCAAACUAUCAACAGUUCGUUUAAACUAUUUUCUUCCAAGAGGAACCUUAUUUGAGUUUGCACAAAGAGAACUGUAUAUUUCAUAGAAGUGGGCCAUGAAUCUUAUAUCUGUUUGUAAAUACAAUUUGUUUGACGAUUUUCGGCAAUAAUGCGAGGGAAGCUUAGGUAAUGCCUCCAAAAAAUUUCAAAGAAACAAUUCCUUAUGACCACGAGCUUUCGUUGACUGGCGGCCAGUCACUGGCCAGCAUAACAAUCUGUUUUUCAAGUAUUGUGCUGGUCAGUUGGGAGUUCUAUGUCAUUUUCAUUGAAAACUGUGUUAUCAGUUGGCAGUUUUUUCGUUGCAUUCAAGUUAUUUUCAAUCCAAUAUCGAACCUCGUUGUCUGUGAGACAAGGGUGCUCAGAAAUUUAUUUUGUCCCCCGAAAGUGUUCGAAUAUAGAGUCACUCUAGUUAGUUUUGGAGGAAGACUCAAUAAUCAAAUCAAAUCAUUAAUUGUCAAAAACACAAAGUUUCACAACAUACAACGUCUAUACAAUUUACAACAGUAACCUACAAUAUUCAGAUCAUGAUUAUAAAACAUGAAAUCAGUCAUUAAAAUUGAUAUAAACGAAUUCAUGUACAUUAUAUAGGCACCUCUUCAUCAAAAAAAUUUUCAAAUACUUUUCAAAACAGUGGAAUUCCAUUGUUUUCACAUUCUUGGGAAGAAAAUUAAAAAGCCUGAUUGACAUACACUUCUAGUUCUUCUGAGAGGAAGUAUAGUUGCACUUUUUGAUUCUUGAGUUAUUUUUCUCUCGUGUAUCGUAGUUAUGUACAUUGCGAUAACUUUGUAAAUACAAGUGGCAAUUUGUCUCCCACCUCAACACCUUCAGCCUCAUGCCACAUGAAGCAUGUAACAUCACCUGAUCCAAGCUCAUGCAUUGUUAGAUUGGAAGUCCAUAGUUGCCUUUUAUAAAAAGAAA